AUGAGUUCAUCCAGAGAAAUAAUUAAGGAAAAUCAUAAUCAUAAUAUUGAUGAUGAUACGGAUUCGAUUAAAGAUGAACAAGUUCGAAGAGAUAUUCGAGUCUUAUCAGCAAGAUUAACAGAUAUGAAAGAAAGAUUUAUGAAUAUUGUACAGAAAAUCAAUGAAGAUGCAGUCGGAUAUAUUGAUCAGACAUCCGAUGAAGAUGGCACAAGCGCUGACGAUUCAAAUGUCGAGACGACUGUCAAUCAGAAAGAUAAUGACUCAAAUGAAACAUCGAAUAUUGAUGAUGAUGAUGAUGAUAGCGAAGAAGAUCAAACUAACAAGUCACCGAUGCGCAUACGAAUGUCACAAUUGUUGAUCGAAUCUAUUAUUGAGCGACAAACUCGUCACAACGGUAAUAAGCCAAGUCGCACAAAAAUUUCUCUUCGUCAUGUCGAUUCAUUUAUCAAAGAACAUGUCGACAAGAAUCCCACUGAGAAAAUCUACGACGAAGUUAGCAAUGAAAUUCAAGUAAUUCGUCAAAAAUAUCUCAAAAAUCGAAAAUGA